AUUGCCUAAGCAGUACCGUGAAGUUUUGCUUGUAUUAAAGGUGCCUGGAGAUCUGUUUAUCGACUAUUAUUUUUAACAUUGGUGUCUUUGGAUAUAAGGAGGGUUACUUAAGAAGAAAAUAACGGAUAACGAUGCUUCUUUUAUUAUCAAGUCAAACGAAACGUUCUGUGGAAAAGGAACAAUGGACAGAAAUGCGGCAAGUACAAGCACUCCUUGUUAUAAUGUCUCUUAUAAAUAUGGUUUGGGGAGAGCUUCGAUACACUAUUUCAGAGGAAAUGGAACAGGGGUCGUUUAUCGGAAAUAUAGCGCUUGAUUUGAGAUUAGAUGUUAAGCAGUUUACUGCUAGAAAUGCCCGUGUUGUUUCGGAAGGGAAAGAACAAUACUGUCAGCUGAAUGUGAACACUGGGAUAUUGCUUGUGAAUGAAAGAAUUGACAGAGAAGAACUGUGUGGGCAGACCACAGUAUGUGCAUUAGAAUUUCAGAUUAUAAUGGACAAUCCAUUUAUGUUUCACAGCGUUAUAUUAGAAAUCCAAGAUAUAAAUGAUAAUUCUCCGCGUUUCAGCGAAAACGAAAUAACAUUCGAAAUAGGCGAGUUAACAAUGCCAGGAGCGAGAUUCCCACUAGAGAGCGCACAUGACCCCGAUGUCGGCUCUAACUCAAUUCAAUCAUAUGUACUGAGCAAAAAUGAUCACUUUACUUUGGAUGUAGGCACUCGGGCCCAUGGCACAAGCUAUGGGGAACUGAUUCUAGAGAAAGCAUUGGAUCGGGAACAGAAGGCUUGGUUCAGUUUGAUUUUGAGUGCUAUUGACGGAGGAAUCCCUCAAAGAUCGGGUACAAUUAACAUUAAUAUUAUAGUUAUGGAUGCCAAUGAUAACGCCCCUAUAUUUAGUAAAUCUGUCUACAAAGCCACUCUCGAUGAAAAUUCUCCCACGAACACGUUGAUAAUCAAAAUAAACGCCACUGAUAUAGAUGAAGGUCAGUUUGGUGAGGUAACAUAUUCGUUUAGGCAUUUAUCUGACAAAGCACGUAAGUUAUUUAAUAUAGAUGCCAACACUGGGGAGAUACGAGUAGCAGGAAUAAUAGAUUUUGAAAGUGAAAAAGCUUUUGAACUGGAUAUACAAGCAAAAGACAGUGGAAGUCUCGCAUCACAUUGUAAGGUACUGGUAGAAAUCUUAGAUUUAAAUGAUAAUGCUCCUUUAAUAUCACUGAAAUCAUUGUAUAGUUCAAUAACUGAAGAUUCUUUGCCCGGGACAAUGGUAGCGCUAAUUGGUGUUUCUGAUCAAGAUUCUGGGGACAAUGGUCAAGUUCAAUGUUCUAUUCAAGACAAUCUUCCGUUUAAACUCGUGUUAUCAGGUAAAAACUAUUACAGACUGCUAACGGAUAGUGCAUUAGACAGGGAAAACCAUUCUGAGUACAAUAUAACAUUAACAGCAACAGAUAAGGGAUUACCUCACCUAUCUGCUACACAAAUCAUAUAUGUAAAAGUUUCAGACGUCAACGACAACCCACCGACAUUUGAUCAAACGUCCUACUCAGUGUAUGUAAUGGAAAACAAUAUUCAAGGAACUUCAAUAUUAUCAUUGCAAGCAAAAGAUUUGGAUACAGACCAAAACGCACACAUUACUUAUUCUGUCUAUGGAGAUGGUAUUCAAGGACAGACAUUAUUGUCCUAUGUUUCAGUUAACACUGACAGUGGCGACAUAUUUGCACUGCGCUCAUUUGAUUAUGAGGAAUUUAGACAAUUUGAAAUACACGUCAAAGCACAAGACAGCGGGUCUCCUCCACUAAGCAGUAACGUGACAGUGAAAGUAUUUAUAGUUGAUCAGAAUGACAAUGCGCCUCGGAUUUUAUACCCAGUACAAAGCGACGUGUCGGUGGUGUUUGAAAUGCUGCCUCAAACAGCCCAAGCAGGCUAUCUUGUUACCAAGGUGGUGGCUGUGGACGCAGACUCAGGCCAGAACGCGUGGCUUUCAUACGAACUAAAUAAGGUUACAGAACCAGGUUUGUUCAGCAUAGGGCUUCACAAUGGGGAAAUAAAAACUUUGCGAGACGUUAUAGACAAAGACACUGUGAAACAAAGAUUAGUUGUCUUAGUUAAAGAUAACGGACAACCUUCAUACUCAUCGACAGUUACACUCAAUGUUGUCAUUUCCGACAGCUUUCCAGACAUGUCAGAGUUCAAAGACUUCGCUGAUGACACUACUCCAAAUUCAAACUUGACGUUAUAUCUGGUGAUUUCAUUGGUUGCUGUCUCCUCUCUCUUUUUAGUGUCAAUAAUUGUUCUAAUUUCCUUUAAAUUCUGCACGACGAGAAAUUCUAAAUUCCAGUUUGAAAGCUCAAAUGGAAAUUACCCUGCCCUCCCCAGCUCCUAUUUCCCACCACACUACGCGGAAGUCGGGACCGGUACCCUCCAGCACAAAUACAGCUACGAUGUGUGUUUAACAACAGACUCUGGGAAGAACGAGUUUAAAUAUCUGAAACCCUGCGCAGAAAACAAUUAUGGGAAUAGCCUCAUCAAUCCACAGAAUUUCGACACAAUUUUAUAUGAUGGCGAAGGAAGCAAUAUGAAAACAGAAAACGUCUAUGUUCAGGUAAAGCUUGAAUCACCAUAUAUUUUGUAUUUUAUUACCUUUAUACAUGAAUACACAUUAUUUAAGUUAUGGAUGAUGUACGACAUGUCUGCUAUACAUUUCUAA